AUGGUUGUAAAGAUUCGUCUAUCCCGGUUCGGGAACCGCCACCAGCCUUUUUACAACAUUGUUGUGGCACAAGCGAGGUCAGCCCGCGAUUCUAAACCUCUCGAAGUCAUUGGAACCUACUGCCCCAUACCGAAGAUGCCAACUGGCCUCUCCGAUGAAGAAGCCAAAGUGGCUAAGCCUUUCAAAGAUAUAAACCUUGACAGGUCGCGGACGAAAUACUGGCUAGGUGUUGGUGCGCAACCGAGUAAACCUGUCUGGAGGUUGCUAAGUUUGAUCGGGCUUGUUGAGCCUAAACUCGGAAAUGUGUGA